AUGCAUAACAGUGCUAUUGGAAUGGAUACAUUAUUUCGGGAACUGGAUCCUCAGACUAGUAUACCGUUAGCAAUCAUAACCCGUAAAAUGUUUCAAGAUGACAGUUCGUCAAAAUCUGACGAAUUUGACGAUGAUAUCGUUUAUGUGGAUGAGAUGGAAGAAGUAUUCGAUAAUUCCGAAUCAGAUCCAGAAAAUGGUCAAAUGGAAGCAGAUGAUGCUGAAACGGACGAUGCUAUAACUGUUUUUAGACAUCAUAACGAUGCAAUCAUUUGCGGAUCUUUAUCAAAUGAUGGAAAGAUUGCAGUUACUGGAGGUCAAGAUGAUGUUGCUUUUGUUUGGGAUACAUCAUCAGGAGAAAUGAUUUAUAAAUGUUCUGAACAUACGGAUACUAUUAUUUUUGCUGAGUUCAAUUUUGAUAAUUCUUAUUUAGCUGUUGGAGAUAUGAAUGGUUUUAUUCAGGUGUGGGAAAUGAAAAGUAAAGUUAUUGUUUGGGACUUUAAUAUGGGUGAUGCGGCGUGGAUGAAAUGGCAUAAUUUAGCAAAUGUUAUUUUGGCUGGUAGCACAACAGGUGAAACAUAUAUGUGGAAAAUUCCAAGUGGUGAAUGUAAAGUUUUUCAAGGAUAUGGUCACAAAAAUGAAAUUGGAGCUCUUACACCAGAUGGAAAGAAGCUUGUUGCGGGUUACGAAGAUGGAACAAUACGUGUAUUAGAUUUAAAAGGGGGUGUUGUAGAAUCAACGAUACCGGCGAAUACAGCACACUCUCAAAAUAUUAUAUGCUUAGAGUGCCAAGUCGAUGGUAAAUUGAUGAUGUCAGCAGCGCAGGAUGGAAGAACAGUUAUUAGUACAGUUUCAAAUGGAAAGAUUAUUAAUGUUCUCCAAAAACUACAAGAUAAUAACACAGUUGAAAUAGACAAAAUAGAUGAUGAAGGAGCUGAAUCUGAACCUCGAAAAAAUUGGGUUGAAUCAAUAAGAUUUUGUAGAAAUCUUGAACUUCAUUUAGCUGCUACAGGAACUAUUGAAGGAGAAUUAUUUAUUUGGGAUAUUUCUAAGCAAGUAAUACGACAUAAAAUAACUCAAGAAAGUGGUAUUGUUAAACUUGAAUGGAUAGGAAAUUCGCCAUUGUUGUGUACAGCUGGCUUAGAUGGCAUCGUAAGAUUUUACGAUGCAAGAACGAGUCAAUGUCUCAAAGUACUUUAUGGACAUUCUAGAAGUAUUCUUGAUUUAAACGUUGCCAAGACUCAAAACAAAAUUUUAACAACAUCUGAUGAUGGCACAGCUCGAAUUUUUGAUAUUUCUGUCUUAUGA